AAGUUAGCAAGCGGCUAACAGGAAGCCGAAUAAUGAGGAUUCAUUGAGGCGCAGAAAUUGGCAAAGAGCAACGAGUAAAACGUUGGUCUUUACAGUCGUUACAAGUCCCACUGAUACAGGAGGAACAAUCAGUCAGCCACCUGUGUAUGAAGACAAGUCAGAAGCAGCUAUGUCUUCAGCGGUGGAUCUCAAGACUAAAGAGGAGAAGGAUGCAGAGUUGGACAGACGAAUUGAAGCUCUGAGGAAGAAGAAUGAAGCCCUGGUCAAGAGGUAUCAGGAAAUAGAGGAAGACAAGAAGAAAGCAGAGCAGGAGGGCAUCGCCGUGACAACACCUCGGAAACCCCGCACUCAUGAGCCAGAGACGGACAGGAGGAAGUCUGAGAAAGAAAACUUCUCCGUCACAGUCGACCUCUCUAAGACGGACAAGAGAGUUGUGAACGACUUGAAACCUGGAACGCCUCGUGGCCGGAAGACAUCAGAGGAGAGUGAUGGCCACCGAUGGCCCAGCGACGGUCACAGAGGAGGGACAAAUGACGGCCACAGAGGACCAAGCGACGGCAACCGAUGGCCCAAUGAUGGCCACCAAGGUGGCCUGAGGGACGGCCAUCGAGGAGGGCCCAGCGGUGACCACCACGGGCCCAGCGAAGACCCUCGAGGUCCCAAUGACGGCCAGCCAGGGCAGAGCGACGAACACAGCGCCCCAAGGAGGAUGGGGUCGGGACGGACGGGUCGGGGAGGUCAGAGAGGAGGGGGAGGCCGCCAGGAGAGGAGAGAAUGGGAACCCAGGACACCCAGAGAUGGAGAACCUGGAGAGUCAGGAGGACCGGGACGCAGAAGGAAGGAGAGGAAGAGGAGAAAGAGGAGGAGGAGGAGGAGGAGGAGGAGGAGAGGAGGAGAAAGAGGAGAAAGAGGAGAAAGAGGAGAAAGAGGAGGAGGGACACCAGGUGGGACGGACAGGAAAUCUAAGGAGUGGGAGGAGAAGAGGCGACAGAACAUUGAGAAGAUGAAUGAAGAAAUGGAGAAAAUAGCAGAAUAUGAGAGAGGACAGCGGUCGGAUGGAGAUAAGCCGAUCCGAAACUUCCUGGAUGACCCGAGACGUUCAGGCCCAGCGCCAGACAUAGACCGCAAGGAGGGAAGCAGGAGACAUGUACGAAACUGGGGAGGUCUGGACUUUGAUAACGUCAAGACAGGAGCCGAACUGGAGAAAGAGUGGACCAGUCGAAGGCCUGGUCCGAAAGACUCUGUGGACAUGACCAUGUCUAUGACCGGCCGGGAGAGAGCAGAGUACGUGCGCUGGAAGCAGGAGCGUGAGCAGAUUGACGAAGAGAGACUUGCACGCCAUCGUAACGCCACAGGCCAAUGGAAACGAGAGUGGGACGCACAGAAGACUGAGAACAUGUUCAAGGAAGACCCAUAUGUGGCAUCAGAGGGGAGCACACCCGAGCAGGGCAGCAGGAGAGACGACAGUAAGCGGCCUCCUAAAGUUCCGACAUUUGGCGACUUCAUGUCCCAGGGCAGGACCCCGGGGCAGCGGGGAGACCGUGGCGACCGGGGCGACCGGGGCGACCGGGGAGACCGGGGCGACCGGGGAGACCGGGGCGACCGGGGAGACCGGGGCGACUGGAGCAGAGGGAAGGGCCGAGGACAGAAACCGAGCUACAGCAUGCAUGACAACCGCUGGGAAGAAGAAGAAGAGGAGAAAAAGGAGAAGGAGGACAAGAACAAGAGAGAGGAGAAGGAGGACAAGAACAAGAGAGAGGAGAAGGCUAAAAAGAAGGAGAAGGAGGAAGACAAAUCCAAAUCUCCCACAGCACAGAAGGUGGAGGCCAAGAAUGGAGACGGAGAAGAUGACGACGAAGAAUGGGAGGAUGCCAGUGGGGGAGAAGACGACGAAGGGAGCGACUCGGAACACGACUCGGAACACGACUCAAGGGGCGACGAGAAGAAAGACAUCGGGAAAGAGAAGCCAGCAAAGAGCAAAGACAACUCCCCUACAUCUCCCACACCUCGUUCCCGACCGACAUCAGCAGGAAGCCCCAAGGAGCAGCGGCCUCCCAGGCCCAAGGUCCACAUCCCUCCACCGGCAGCAGUUCAGGAGUCAGCGGAGUGCGGAAAGCCCCUCAGCCCCUUCGUCCCUCUGGACAGCCACCAGCCUGUUUCAGACUGGGGGGAGGAGAUGGAGAUGCUGUCGCCCCGGAGCAGCAUGGGAGGCGAGAGCCCACUGAAACCCCCCAGUGUGGAGUCCAGCCCGCCCCAGAAGAAGGAGCAGGACCUGGACGAGGAGCCAGAGAGCCACACUGCAAAUUUCAAUGAACCUGCUGAGCCACGGAACGAGGAGGAUACAGGUAGGAGAUCCAUAGACGUUUCCUCUCCUUCAGACAAGCCUGAAGACCGGCAGACUGUGAUGGUGUCAGAACCAGAGUCCGUCCCUACAGACUCCCCCGCUGAAGAGCCAUCUGACCCCGCCCCCUCUGAAGUCUGUGAGGAUGCCGUGACGAUAGACCAGGAUACACCUGCUGCUCCAUCACAAGCAGACACACUGGACACCCCUCCCUCUCCAGCUGUCCUGGAGGCCGACCAGAGCUCCGCUGAACCAGCUAGAGGGAAAGACGACGACACGACGCCCGCUGAAGCCGACGCUGCUCCGACAGCAGAGACAGUGGAGUCCUCGGAGCAGACGUCCUCAGGACCCCACUUCCUGUUUGAAACAACGCCUGACUGUCUUCCUGCUCCUCCUGUGAUGAACUGAAAGCUGAAGCUGCUGGGAACAAUCAGACUCACUUCUGAGGAGGGUGGAAAGAUGAGAAGGACGAAGAGCACACUACUCAUCACUGGAGUGACCGCCACACAUCUAAAUAGAAAAAGAAAAAAUGACUAAAACCAUGAGGAGGAGGAGGAGGAGGAGGAGGAGGGACUGUGCAUAGCGCCCAUGGACCGGCCUCUCUCACAGCUGCUUCUUUUGGAUCAGUGGGUCUGAUCCCCUCUGGUGUUUUGUCUCACUCAGUUAAGUAUUAAGAUAUAAAGAGUGAAAUGUCAGUCGCUGGUUUUCAAAAAUGUUUUGUUCUCGCAGUGGGGUCUCAAAGUUUUCUGCUCUGGGAAAAUGAACUGCACAUGAUUCGAUGUAGAUAUUUUUCACAGCACACUCAGAGCUUCACAGAAGUCGGCAACAAGUAACAUUUGUAGUGGGCUUUACAAGGCCGAGCCCUACCUGACCUGAUGUCAGUUUAUAAAAGGCUUUCAGCUGACCUGUUUGGAGGUCCACAUCUUUUUUUUAAAUGUACCGCUCUGCUGUCUCAGGAACAGAACCGACGUGGCUCAUUUCUGUGUGGUUUCGCCUGGAAAAGUAUCACUUCAUCAACCAUUGAUCAGAUUUAUUAUUGGGUCUCAACAUUGCCAGCUUGUUGGCUAGUUAACCUUAGCAUGUGGCGACCUUCUUUCUUGUUGUAAAGCCGUCUGACUUGGCUAACAUAUUUACGGGAAGCAUGCAUUAAUUGCUGUUACUAGAGUACUCCACUGAAUUAGUGUUGCACUCAAUAACAUUUUUAUUUUUAAGAAUCAGUUGAUACAGCAGAGCCAGAGACUUUUUAUUUCUUGUACAUUCUUGUACUCGUCAAAACAUUGCGCUUACAUUACCCACAAUGCAACUUGACCGAGGACAAGUGGCAUAACUUGAGGCAGAUUUCGUGCAGCUUCCCCCGGAGCCACAAAAUGCUAUAUACAGCUUCUUUUUAACUUAUGCAGACGUACUCCCCAACGCCUGUCGAGAGCCAGCUGUGCGGGCCUGCUGUGUGUGUUGUAGAAUAACUUCAGUGAUCAUUCACCUUCAAGGAUCAGGUGUGUUGCUUGAGGGCACUUUGAUAAAGACACCAUGUGACCUCCUCCUCAAAUCUAUCAAAAAAUGAUGUACUUCAUGGCGGCGGUCCGUUUGCUUCACAAUCAGAAAACAUUUGAUAUUUUUAAUGAUGCAGACUGUCGUCAUUUAGUUAAUUAUCAGUUCUACAGGGAAAUGUGUUCAUAUCCGUCUGGUAAGAAUUCCAAACUGUCUUUAGAUGACACACUGCCUCUUUAAUUGUUCUUUAAAUCAAGGGUCUCAUUCCAAAAUGGCUUCAUGGUAUAAAUGAAUAAUUGUCACUAAUUUGGAAGGACAGACCUGCAUUAAAUGACCGGUUCAGUAACGUAUAUCAGCGGAGUAAUGAAGUUUGUUUUGGAAUGAAAGCCUUCACUCAUACCUCAGCAGACCAAGGGCUUUCAGUGUGGUUUGUUUUUGAGUUUGUGCUUUGUUUUCUGGAAAGUCUUUGAAUCAUGAUUGUGGACACUGGGAUAAAUUGGUUGCUUUAAUGUUUUUUUGGUUUGUUUUGUAUGAGAGGAAUAAAGCUGAUGCAUUUGGGUUGAAAGGAACUUCAAAAUGUACAGUUUUUAAAUGGAAAUGAACAUUCCACAAUUGGGUGUUUGUGCAAAAUAUAGCUUGUGAGCUAUGAAAAAAUAUUUAGUUUUUGCAUAUGGAUGUUUGUUUUUCUGAGCUUCGAUGACUGAUUGUAACUAAGGCAGGAGAUAUUUCAAUGCAUAUCCAUUUCUACAAUGUCUUCCUGUUUGAUACAUGAAAUCGCUCUGAGAACCAACAAGGUUUGCCUUUUUGGGCUGGAGGUGUGCAGCUGUUUUCAUAAAGAUUAUCAGGACUAGCAUGAAUCCAAAAUUGUAGCUUUUUAAUGUUGUCAAAGCCAUAGAUGAAAUAAAUGUCCCUCAUCAGCUCACACAUCAGAGAGAAAAGAGCCCUGAUGUGUGUAUUCAUGUGAAGCACACUACUGCUUUAUCACUUUUUCUUUCUCUUAUUUAGCCAAUAAAUGUAUUUCUCUGA